UGAUAUUCUAGAAAUAACUGAAAAUAUGCGCCUUCAGUAUAAAUGCAGGUGUGCAUUACUUGACCAGCUCAGUUCCUCUCGUUCCACUGAAACACUCCACAACUAAGUUUUUCUUCAAAAGCACAAAAAUGUCUAUGGUACCCAUGCUUUUCCGUGACUGGUGGGAUGACUACGAGUUCUCCAGACCAUCCCGCCUUUUCGACCAACGCUUUGGCACUGGUCUGAAAAUGGACGACCUCAUGAGCAGCAUGUCCAUGCGCCCAACCACCAGCAGGUACUACCGCCCAUGGAGGAACACCGAACUGGCUCGUCAAGACUCAGGUUCUACUCUGACAUCUGACAAGGAUAACUUCCGUGUUAUUCUCGACGUGCAACAAUUCACGCCCGAAGAAGUAACCGUCAAAAUCACCAACAAUUGUAUUGUAGUAGAAGGCAAACAUGAAGAGAAACAGGACGAGCAUGGAUUUAUUUCGAGGCACUUCAUUAGAAGGUAUAUGUUACCAGUAGAUCAUGAAGCUAAGGACGUGUGCUCCACUUUGUCUUCGGACGGAAUCUUGACCAUCACCGCACCGAAGAAAGCCCCACAAAAGGAACAAGGUGAAAGAAUUGUUCCAAUUAAACCAACUGGACCUCAAAAGAGCACUGUCACCCCAAUGGACAACCCCUCUCCACAUGCUUCUACUCCUCAACCUACUGUUGAACAACCCAACUAAGGAAAACAUAAAAGAAAUCUCAUGAAGAAAGCUUAUGUUAUUUGUUGCUUAAGUAUUCACUUGUUUCAUUAUUUAUAUUGACUUGUUUUUUUAAUGAAUUUUUAAAUAAAGCGCUCUAAACGUCAAA